GGUUCCCGUUAGCCGCAUUAGCUUGUCUCAGGGAAACAGAAAGUGCUGUUAGCGCUCACGGAGCAAUAAAACCGGACUGUCCGCUUAGAUCCGCAUUCAUACCGAUACACACGCACAGGUGUUAUGGCAUUAAAAAGAAUACAGAAGGAGCUUCAAGACUUGCAAAGGGACCCUCCUGCACAGUGCUCGGCUGGACCAGUUGGGGAUGACUUGUUUCACUGGCAGGCAACAAUAAUGGGACCUAGUGAUAGUCCAUACCAAGGAGGAGUGUUCUUUCUUACUAUUCACUUUCCCACAGACUAUCCCUUCAAGCCACCAAAGGUAGCAUUUACAACAAAAAUUUAUCAUCCAAACAUAAACAGUAAUGGAAGUAUUUGCUUGGACAUCUUGAGGUCACAGUGGUCCCCAGCACUAACAGUUUCAAAAGUUCUAUUGUCCAUAUGCUCAUUGCUGUGUGACCCAAACCCUGACGAUCCCCUAGUGCCAGACAUAGCAAACAUCUACAAGUCAGACAAAGAAAAAUACAACAGACUAGCAAGAGAAUGGACCCAAAAGUAUGCAAUGUGAAGACUUAAUGGACAUUUUUUAAGUCACAAAUCACUGUAAAUUCUAGUAUCUAAAAGUACUUAGGUUAUAUUAUUAAACACAUUCUACUAUUAACAUUUACCAUCUGCAAUGACCAAUAAUAAUAGCUGAACUAGUAUUUUGAAGGGGGCUGUGCUUUGCACAAAAUGACAUGACGUGGUUCUUAAUCUGGUGGAUUUGGUCAUCCCCCUAAAACGGUGUUGGGCACUUUGUGUUUUCUUGUUAUAUAAAUCCUAUUUAAGAUUGGCAUGAAAUUAUGCAGCUGCAGUGACCCCAGAAGAGGGAAAUUGAGGAAUUGAAAACAGUUUUAUUGUAUCUCUUUCAACUGAUUAUGUUUUCUUUAGAUAUUUUUAUUGUAUAGUUAAAAACAACUAUACUUGAUCUAUUUUUUCUUUCUUUUUUUAUUUUUCAUUAAAAUUUGUUGAAAAAGCA